AUGUCCUUCUGGCCCUUUCCUCAAGAUUCAACUUCGAAUGUGUCGAAGAUCCUGGAUGAAUAUUUCGACAUUUUAAAUUCGUUAAGAAAGGCUAAUCUAAUAGAGGACGAUGAUAAUGAUGUACCGUUGAGGGGUGAAGAACAAAUACACGAUUCUUAUGGUUCAUCGAAGUUUCAACCACGCAAACACAAGCAUCGUACAAGGAAGAGGAAGCGGAAGCUGGCUGUUACUUCAGAAGAGUCCUCGUGUGAUAGAGAUACUGAAUCAAAGAAAUCGAACGAUGUCGUUGUGAGCAAAGUCUCUCUGGAUAAUUCAUUUAUUGAGCGGAUAUUAGAUGAACUCGAUUUGAUGGAUGAAUUGGGCAAGAAAAAUAAUGUAUUACUGGACUUCCUAUGUUUUGGAUAUUUCUUUGAUUCUGAUUCCAAAAAAAUUAUGAACAUGCAAUAUCUAAUCGAUCAAUUGAUCUCAUGUGUACAGUAUCUGACAAAUGCAUCAAUUACAUCUGUAGAUGAAGAUAAAGCUAAUGACAACAUGAGAUCCCAAGAGGGCCCCAAUUUCCUGCACAAAGCUACUAUUAUCAGCAACAUCCUCUCAUUUGAUGAAUGGUUAAUAAGUGAAUCCCUAAUUAAAAAUAUGAAUUAUUUGAAUGAAAUAUGGUCCGUAUUAUCAAAUGUUAAAUUAGAAACAGAAGAUUCGCCAUUAUUACCUAUAUUCUUAAAAGUUAAUGAAAGUCUUCUUCUAUCCAGAAAGGACCAAUAUUUAAAUUUUAUUCGAACUCGAAAAACCCUGGUGGACGAAUUCUUCAAGCAUAUGAAUAUUCCCGUAUUAUUAGAUUUCUUACUCAAAUUGAUAGCAACAGAUAAACCAGAUUACCCUACAGGGAUAAUAGAACUGUUAGAUGAUCAACGUGUAAUUCAAAAAUGUUUAAAAUUCUUUAAGAAUGAUCAGUAUUCCGCUGAUGUACAGGCAUGUGCUAGUGAUUUUCUUAAGGCGUUGAUAGGCAUAUCUGCCAAUGUUCCCUUGGAUGAAAUGUCUGUCGGUCCGAAUCUGUUAUCAAGAGCUCUAGCUUCACCAGAUGUAGUAGAUCAUUUGAUAAACAUCAUUCUUAAUGAGAAUGGUACAGCUUUGAAUCAUACGAUAUCUGUUGUCAUAGAACUUAUAAGGAAGAAUAACUCUGACUAUGAUGAAAUUAAUCUGUUGGAGACUACGACACGAUCGCAUCUGCCAUCAAACAGAGACCCUAUAUAUCUUGGUUAUCUACUUAAGAAAUUCAGUGAUAAAAUAGAAAAUAUAUUUGCGCUAGUGGAUGACAUGGCAGAUAAAACAAUAAUGAAAAGAAUCAGAAUAAACCAAAUCAAUCAAGAAUUUCAACCACUUGGAUUUGAACGGAUUAAAAUUGUGGAGCUAAUUGCUGAAUUAUUACACUGCUCUAAUAUGGGGUUGAUGAACUCUAAGAGAGCAGAACAUAUUGCAUUGAAACGCGAUCAUCUAAGAUUGCAACUUCCACAUCAACUUCAAGAUGCACUACAAGAUCUAGAGAUAAAUAAGACAGAGCAUUCCGAUAUAAUUAGUGAUAAUAAUUCUAUUAAUAAUGAUCUGACUACAGGUAGCGUCACUGAUGAAGAUGAAGAUGUCUUGAUUGAAAAUGUCUCAGAACAUCCCGAAAGAUCCUUUAUAGAUAGUGACAGUGAUGAUGAUCUGGACACAAUUGAUGUUGCAGAAAUUGAUGAUUCAUUUGAGAUACCAUAUAUUAAUGAGAAGCAAAACAGCAAGUUAAGGAACGGUCCCACUAUCGGGGAUCGUUUUAAGAUAAAUCUUUAUGAUAACCAGAUUAUUAUAAAGAUAUUAAUUCUCUUCUUGAAAAACCCAUGGAAUAAUUUUUGGCAUAAUGUGAUAUUUGACAUCAUCCAGCAAUUGUUUAAUGGAAGAAUGGAUUUCUCAUACAAUUCUUUUAUAGUGUAUUCAUUAUUCAAUUUGGAGAAGGCAUCCCAGUUCAAAAAAACUGACUCGAACGCAAACUCAAAUAAUCAGAUUUUAUUGGGAAAUUUUAAUAUAACCAAAGACUUCAUAUUGCUAGGGUAUCAGAAAUCGUAUGAGUUUUAUGAGAAAUGGAAGACAAAUUUAGGCUACAUGGGUCAUUUAGUCUUAAUAGCAGAAGAAGUUGUCAAAUUUUCUAAAUUAUAUAAGGUGGAAUUAAUUUCUCCAGAUAUUCAAAAAAUCUUACAAGAGAAGGAGUGGAUUUUCUACAUGGAUGAAGUACUUCAUAGCACGAGAAUAAUGUACUCUAAGAUUCUCGGAGGUGGAUCAUUUGUCGAUGAUGGUAAUGGAAACGUAGUUCCUCAAUUUAUUGAAUCAUCUGAUCCAUACGAGGAACAUCUAGAAACCAAUGAUGAAACUUCAGAGUCUUUGUUGACCGAGUUAGAUAUUCAUCUAAAGGUGGGAGAAAUUUGGAAGCCCGGACCGGAAUCAACUCCACCUAAUCAAUGA